AUGAUGGCGUCGAAUGAUAAUCCAAUAUUCGUCCUCGGACUAGGCAGCAUAGGCUCAUUCAUUGCACAAAGCCUCCGCUCAAUUCCAGACCCACCACCAGUCACACUCCUCAUCCACAGAGAAGGCCUUUUCAAUGAACUCUCCGCAAACAACUGGAAACUCGGUAUCCGAAUCGGCGAAGGGACAGAAUUGAAGCAAUGCUCCGGAUUCAAUGCUGAACAAUUAUACAAACCCAGUCCAAACUCCAUACAAAAAAUCCGCUACUUAGUCGUUGCAGUCAAAGCAUCAGCAACAGUCGCAGCUCUUGAACCUCUGAAAGAUCGAAUUGGUCGCGAUACAACAAUAUGCCUCUUUCAAAAUGGGUUAGGCCAAAUCGAUGAUCUGAACGAACAUCUGUUCCCUGAUACCUCGACACGGCCAAUGUAUAUGUGCGGUAUACUCCGGCAUGGGGUUUAUCUCAAAUCAGCGACGGAAGCUGUGUUAUCCGGCUCUACUGGAUCUGCCUCUAUUGGAUUGACAUGUACUAAUCAGGAGAUUCUUGAAUCAUCUGAUCGGAGAUUUGUCGUUGAUGCUUUGCUUCAGGCGCCAAUGCUUAACUGUAAUGAACUUACUCGAUCGGAGUUAUUGGAGAUUCAGCUGCUGAAGUUGGCAACGAAUUGUUUGAUAAAUCCGUUAACGGCGCUUCUGGAUGUUCGAAAUGGAGAGAUAUUGAACCAUCAUACUUUGGUGCCGUUGCAAAAACAGGUCUUGAACGAAAUUUCCCAGGUAUUCCAGAAUCUUCCGGAGUUGGAGCUUCCGAUUGGCGAUCGUCCGAAAUUCACUGUUGAGUCUUUGGAGGCUGCAUUUCGGGAUACAGUUGAGAAGACGGCAUAUAAUUCGAGCAGCAUGCGCGAGGAUAUCUUGAAGGGAAGGGCUGUCGAGGUAGACUUUAUUAAUGGGUGGAUUAUCAGAAGGGGAAGAGAUUUGGGGAUUCAAUGUUUGGCGAAUUCUUGUUUGACCCAAUUGAUAUUUGCAAAGAGCAAUAUAAAAAGCAAAUAA